AUGGCGCCACCCUCAAAGCUCGCGGUUGCAACCGGCUCUGUCACGCGAUUGGUCAAGGAGGAAACUAGCUACCACAAGGAGCUCGUGCAGCAGGAGGAGCGCAUCAAGAAGCUCGAGGCCAGCGAAGGCGAUGAGAACAAGGAGUAUACGCUAAGGCAGGAGAAGCAAGCAUUACAAGAGACGCAGAAUGUCUUCCCUACUGUUCGAACGAGGAUCGAGCAGGCAGUUGAGAGGCUCGAGGGCGAGCUCAACAGUAAGGACGCCGAUGGUAAUGCAGAGGAGAUCAAGAAGGCAGAAGACGCAAUUGCAGCAGGAAAGAAGGUCAUUGCUGAGGCAUCAUGA